UCUAGUGACAGUGUUUCAGGAGGACGCCCUUCCAAUGCCAUUGAAUGCAGCCAAUGGGCUCAUCCCCCGUCAGUCUUCUGCCGCCAUGGCCCUGGGAUAGUGAGGGACGCAAUGCUUUCUGAUCAGCACUGAUUGCGAUGUUUUGGCUGCGAUGUCGCCUCCAUUUUGUUGAUGCUGGUGUAUGUAGCAAAGAUUAGGGUUUCGUCCUGACUGCCUCAUUCAGAAGCAGCCUGCAAUACAUUCCAGGAUUUUGAUCUCACGAGGGGAAAAUUGAACGUUGCCUAACCAAGGAGAAUGCCAAAGGCCGCAUUUCAAGCGUUCCUCGUUGAAAGAAGAGCAUUUGCACUUGAAACCCUAAUCUUGAAGAUGCUCAGACCAUGCCCUUGCUGAAAUAUUACCAACGUGUCCUGCUUCAUCAUCCCCCAUGGAGAACCGUGCUUCUCCUGUGGCCCCAGCGUUCAAUUACUCUGACCUGGACAGGGGCCUGCCACGUGUCAGCCAGGCACCCACCUUCCCAAGGCCCCCCUCGCAGCACAGAGAGCACUCUUCUGCUGGGCCAGACCCCCCCCAAGCUGCGCACACCAAGGCCAAGCCGUCCUCUAGGCUCGAGUACUUCUGUAAGGAGGUCAAAGCGGAUGCAAGGCGAGCGGAGGAGUUGCGGAGGCAUCGGAAGGAAGCUGAGCGCAUCAUGCUGUACAAUCGGUUGGACUACCAGCCUUCAAAAUGCCACCUGUCCAACCUGUUCCACUACCUAUGGGCCGUCAACUCCCAGGGCUGCUCAUGUCCCGGCGUCCGGAUUCCGGACACGCUCGCGAUCCUGAACGGACGUGCGGUCAGUUGGUACUUCACGGGCGCCUCGGGCCGGCUCCUGCGGAAGAACUCCGACAAGCUUAAGCGCGCGCGGCAUAUCUUGUACGCAAUGCUCCGGGGCCCGGAGAAGCACACGAUGCUGGGGAGCAUCAAAGCGAUGCAGAUCGUCCCGGAUGAGUCGAGCGAGGAGGGCCUGACGGUGAGCCACCUGGACGAGCGCGCGCUGCGCGACGCGCUGAUGGCGGGGUCCCUCUCGGACGGGCUGCUGCAGCGGUUCGUGAUGCCAUUUGGCGACAAGAACGUGCUUAUUACCUGCUACUGGUACCCCAACUUCUUCUACAUGGACCGCAGCUCCACCUUCCCGAGGCCCGUGAAGCCGCACGACAAGUACAGCGGGCGCGGCAAGGCCAACGAGGAGCUGCCGCUGCCACGUGGCGAGGUGUCGCUGCUGAUCACGCAGCGGCUGCUCGCGGUCUGCAACAACAUCGCGGCGCACGUCUACAAAGUGUCCCCGCAGAAAUACAAGAUCGCCCACAUGCGGCUGACCUUCAAGAACGACCUGCACGGCAACCUCUGGCUGCUCUACUGCAGCGAGCUCAAACUCGAAGCGCCCCCUGGGGAUCCAGACUCGGCCCCCGGGAAGCCUUCCGGGUUACCCGCGCUGAGCCCCGAGAAGAGCGCUUCCGGGAGCUCUAAGGGCGCCCCGCCCGCGGCCUGGGUGGAGCGGCUUUACACCACCUCGCCAUUCCGGACGCUCCGCUACCGGAAGGAGUCCGGCCUGGAGAAGUUGACGUCAGGCAGCGACGAGAGCGCGAUGCUCGAGCUUCGCGCGCUGCUGGACGGGAAGAUCAAGUGGGGGGCGCGCGCGCGCGCUGGCAGUGGGGCGGGGGCCGCUUCGGACGGCGGGAAUAAGAAUUCGGACGGCUUGAAUAGGAGUUCGGACGGUGUGAAUGAGCGGUCGGACGGUCCGGACGGGGAGGACCGGCUUCCGGGGUUGUUCGUCCGGAACUUUGGGGCGCUGGAGCCGCUGCCGAGGAUCGUGGGCCUCGUCGAGGGCGACGUCGCGCGGGGCGCGCGCGCGUCAGCGGGGGGAAAGGGUUUGGAAGACUACUUGGACGGGCUGCCGAGUCUGCAGAGUCAGUUGAAGGCCGGGGGAAGAGAUGACGGGGAAAGUGGCAGCGAAGACGAAAUGGGGUGUUCCGAGGACGAGUUUGAAGGAGUUGGGGAAGGAGAGGAAAGAGUAGAAAGAUCCGCUGCGGAAGAAGCAGGGGAAAGGGAUGCUUGUGAAGGGGGUUCAGAACGAACGUGGGAAGGAGGGGAAAAUAGAGAAAUUGAUGAAAGUCGGCGGUUGCCGAAAGUGGGGGUAAGAGAUCGACCGGCGGGAACCUCCGGGGAGUCGGACUGCGAUGCUGAGGUGGCGCGCGUCAUGGGUCGCGGCCGCCACCGCGGCGAAGAUAGAAAAACUCAGCCGUCGAAAGAACGGGACAGCGCGCAGGGGCUGCAGCCUUCGACCUCGAUGUCGAACGUGUCAAGUCGGGGGGGCAGUCGGGGGGUGAAGCGCGACGUGAUCGAGGACCGGUGGAAGCCGCAGGGGAAGUUGGAAAAGGAGAUUCAGCACGCGUUUGAGAGCGUCGCGAUCGAGCGGAAACCCGGGGCGUUGCACUGGGGAUACGAGAACGAGCAGAAGCCGGAGACGUUUGCCCGGCGGUCGAAGUCUCCGGUCAACAGCGGGGCGGCUUAUAAGGACGACUCGCUUCUGAAAGCGUUCAAAGAAUCGGGGAUUAGCGGGGGCGGGAGAAGCCGGUUAUCGGUGGCCCGCCGGGCGCGGUCGAGAGAAGCGGUGUCGCGCUUGGGGUCGGAGUCAGAUAGAGUUGCGUGAUAAAACGACGAAUGGGUGCAAGGGUGUCUGAGAUUGUAUCCCUCUUUUCGCGCAUACGUCUCUUAGGAAAAGCUGAAAGGUUUUUGAAAAGCAAAUGCAGGCUUCUCUGCUGCCAGACUGGGCUCGAAAGAUGCUCAGAGGUUGUGUAUAUAUAAACCACUGUCGUUGACCUUGUCAUCUAUGUACAUAGUUCCAAUGUCAAAGGACGAACCGAGCAGCCCGACUCCCCGCACAUACCUACAUGCGCCGCAUAAUCGGAGCAACUUUUCAU